GUGAAAAAGGAGGAAGACACGUCGGUUAGGAAGAAAGUCGAAGCAAGUGGUUUUAUCCACGAAGCGGAAGGUUCGGAGGACACAGCUGGAGACAGGCUGUCACCAACAAAGUCCCACUCACCAAUUCCCCUCUCUUCUCUAACUCCCUCGCCUUCUCCUGUUCCUCUCUCUCUCUCCCAAAUUCACCUUCGCAUCCGUUGCAAUUAGGGUUAGCUGAUCCCCUUCUUCGCCUCUCCGCUUCCUCGCUCCUCUUCACCGGAUCAACCGUCCCUUCCGCUGUGCUUGAAUUGGAUAAUCAGCCUUAAAGCUAUAUGUUCAGGGGUUGAUGUAUUACCCAUAAUCUUGUAUCUACAGUGAGCGUAUGGAGGGGGUGCUGCGUGAUUGAUCUGGGAUGUUGUGGAGCUAUCUAUCUUGAGUGAUUAUGCAUAUCUGGAUCGAGUUCAAUCAUCUUAUUCUUUUAUUAGGAACUCAUUGAUAUAUACUUUAGUUCUGGAAAGAAGGCACAACCACCAGAGGAUUUCCUGUAUCCAUGCUGUCAGAGAGCAUGCGUGGAAUCUGUACAUCGGGUAAUGCCCCUGUCGAGAAUAGCUACCGAGGCAUUCGGUCUGGUGACGAUUUGUUUAGUAGCCAUCUUAAUUCUUCUUGGGUUGAUGUGCAUUGCUUACUCAUUUUACUUCCGCUCUCGUAUUCAUAGUCAAGGUCUGCUUCAGCUCACUUAUUUUAGUGGUCCUUGGAUCAUCAGAAUCACAAUAAUCCUAUUUUCAAUCUGGUGGGGUAUUGGUGAAAUUAUUCGACUUACUUUGUUAAGGAGUACCUUUCACUUAAAAUGGCCGGACACUGUCUGCAAGUGUUACAUUGUAUCAAAUUUGGGAUUUGCAGAACCGUGCCUAUUCCUCACACUUGUAUUUCUCCUUCGGGCACCUUUACAGGAUUUGGAGACUGGAAUUAUGAGCAAAAAAUGGAAUGUGAAAACAUCGGGAUAUGUUCUUCUUUACUGCCUCCCAAUGUUUGUUCUUCAGCUUUUUGUUAUUUUGGUUGGACCUCGGUUAGACAAGAAUAGUGGUUCUGGAAAAAAGUUGCCUCAUUAUUUUUCAAGUGCAGCGGCUGCCUCUUCAAUGACCGGGGAGAAUGAUACUGCCUUCUGUACUUACCCUUUAUUCAGCACUAUUCUCCUUGGCCUUUAUGCCAUUGUCCUGACUUCCUACCUUUUUUGGCUUGGUAGUCGGAUUUUGAAACUAGUUAUUAACAAGGGUCUGCAGAAGAGGGUUUACAUAUUGCUAUUCUCAGUUUCAUGUUUCCUUCCAUUAAGGGUUCUUUUUCUUGGUUUAUCUGUUUUAUCCGGACCUGAGCAUUUUAUGUUUGAAGCCUUUGUUUUCUUGGCUUUUCUUGCACUGGUAUGUUGCGCUGGCUUGUGCAUGUACACACUUGUUUACCGUCCAGUGGCAGAUAGCUUAGCUUUGGGAAAUCUGCAAGACAUGGAAGCUAGGAGGCGAAAUGAUGAUCAUAAUGAUACUGUGUCUUUCAUUGCUGGCCAGAGUCAUCUGGAAGGAAAUGUUGAAGAAAAUGUUCGGUCUAGUCCUGGUAGAUACUCUGAUGCAUCAACAAAACGAGGAUCGAUUUCAUUUCGGACAUUAGAAAAGGGUGUUACAUCAACAGGAACAUUUGUUGAACUUAGCCUCUUCUCUCCCAGCCGCAGUGCAACCCCUCCAGGAUCACCUCCUCUCCUAGGUUGGCCAAUGCGAUCCCCAACGCAACAUAUUGGACCAUAGAGGCAGGCUGAAAACUGAAUAUUGGAUCGAUAUCAAUUUUGUGGAAAAGGGAAAACUGAUUGUAAAGGAUUUAGCAUCAAUAAGGCGUCUUUUUUGUUUCUUUUUUUUUUAAUUUGUUAUGUUUGCUAAUUCUAGUUAUAAUGUUUUUGCCCUGGAAUUUAUUGUGAGUACUCUUUUUACGCUUCUGUACCAUCUCGACAACGUUUUACUUGUUUCUAAUUUUGUACUUGAAAUGUUGGAAUACUUUUGGGUGAA